UAUAAUAUGUGUUAAUAUGUAAUGGUACAAAUAAGAAGGAAAUUGCUUUCUUAAGCGAUAUAAAGAAAGCAUAUUGUCUAAUUAUUAAAACAUAAAUGCAGCUUCUGUAUAUGAUGGAUUAUGUAAAUGAGGGUAUUACUCCUAUACUGAUAAUCCUGCAAGCUUUGCAAGUAUUAUUGUCCGAAUACUGCUAUAAAAGCAGGAACAGAACAGAAUCCAACACUUGGUGCAAAAUGCUUCUAGUGAAAAGUUUCUCUCUAUUUACUUGUUUAAUAGUUUUAACAGCUGGUGCAGCUGUUAAAACUCCUGCUGAAACAGUAUGGACAAAUAUUGCUUCAAAACCUGUUUACUCAAGAGCUCUUGGACCACCGCCAUCAACAAUAGAUACCAUAACGGUUCCGUACAUGCCAAAAUCUCCACUUUUUCCUAAAUUUGUUGAUCCUAAAAUGAUGAUCUCAAAGAAGACAGAUCUAUUAAGUAAUUUGUUUGGAGGUUUGGGACCUGCUUACCCUACAGGUUCUGUUUAUCCUAUGGCACCCACUUAUCCUAUGGCACCUUUCAAGCCAUUUAUGCCAUAUACUGUUGCAAGUGGACCAACUUUGUAUGGUACAGCUAAUGAAGCAUCACUGAGCAGUUUAGAUAAAAGUAAAAUAGAAGAUGAUAAUAUUCCAUAUAAGCGUGGUAUAUUUGGACCCUUUAGUUCUCCUACACCAUUUGGACCAAUGAGUCCUAAGUUUGGUCCAAUGAGUUCCAAAUUCGGCUCAAUGAAUCCUAUGUCUCAGUAUUCAGAAUUAAAUACUAUACCCAAUUAUAGUAUGAAAAGUGACUUCUCCCGCAAAAGAAGAAGUAUAGACGAAUCUUCUUUAACAAAACUCAGGUCGAUUAUGGAUGGCAGUAAAUCAGAAACAAAGGACUUGAUACCUCCACCUCCAUAUCCUACACUUGCUCCAAUUUCUGAAGAAUCAGAAGAGGAUAUCAACUUACUGCUUCAGAAAGUAGGAAGUGCCACUGCACCAAAACAGUAUUUGCCAGGGAUGUUUGGACCGUUCAGUCCAUUUGCACCAAUAAUGGAUCCAUCCAUGUUCAUAGCAAAGAAGUCUGCUUUCCUGGAUACUUUGUUUAAAAAUCUUGCUACCACUACACCAACACCGGCCACUUCAACAGAAAUUCCAACAACAAAAAGUACUAUUGUACCACCUGACUUCUGGUUUCCAUCAUCAAUGAUUCCUAGUCCAGAUGAAUAUGGUAGCAAAGUAAACGAUUUUUUGGACAAAUUAUUUGAAAGUUUGAAACUUAACAAAACUGCAGUUUCAAGUGACAGUGAUAGUACAAGCAUGAAAAGUGAUUUUCUGAGAUCUGUCAAAUUUGAUGAAGAAGAUACGCAAACAAAAGUUGCAAGGUCUAUUGAUGAUUUAUCAUCUAUUAAUGCAGCUAAAGACGCUAUUGUUGAUAGUAUACUGACUGAGUUGGGUGAUUUGAAAAGUAAUAUGGUAGCAACUAUGAAUGAUUUAGUGACAUAUGAAAAAUCUGUGUCAGGGACUGCAACAAAAAAGCCUUUUAAACCAUUCGCACCAGGUAUUUGGCCAAAGCCAAUUACUGAUGGAACGUUACCUUUUCAACAAAAAAUGGCAACAUUGAGUCAAGUAUUUGACAUGUUGUCGGAUUUACAGAAAAACAUUACUCUAGCUGUACAAAAUGCAAUAAAAACAAAAGUGAAUUCAAGUGGUAUUUCUGGAUCAGUAAAUAGUGCUAAUCCAAUAUUGCCUGAUAAUGCUGUGUCUGGUGCACCUAUCAAUAUAAGUCUUUUAGAUGCUCUCAAAAGUAAAUUAGGCACACUUGACUAUGAUAUGCCCAAUUCUUAUGCAACAAUGUCUGAUAAAUUUGGACCAAUCAUGACCCGAACAUUGCAAAAGACUCCAGGAUCAUUCUGGGUAUCUUAUCCUGAAGAAAAAAGAGAAGUUGACAGUGAUUCCAAGCCACUAAUAAAUGGAGAAACAAAUAUGAUUCAUAAACAAGAAACGCGGGGAGUUAAAAUGCAAAUGCAUCAAGGAUAUCAGAGUUUGCCAGCUGGUUCGAUAGAGUCUGUACAGGCGGGAGGUGGAUCCAUGCCUGGACACCAAGGCGGAGGAAUUAAAUUAUUUAUACAAAUGCCUGUAUUGCCUAGUAUGCAAGAUAUCAACAAUUAUGAGGAACCCAACAAAUGGACCAACUGGAUGGAUUAUCUGAGAAGUGAUUAUCAAGGACAUAGGCAUCAUAAACACCACUAG